AUUUUAUCUUUUACCACCCGCUUAAACUUAACCAGUCUUCAAAUACUAUGUGCACGUUCGAUAAUGCCCGUUUGAUCGAUGGUAGUGACAACAAUGCUCUUUAUCCGACCGCUGGAACCCCAGAUCAACCUUUCUUAAGAACAAUUAGUUCUCUGAAUUUCAAUCAAAAUUCUUCUCCUGUUACAUCUCCCACUGAUUUCCUUGGUUUAAACCCGAGCGGACCGACAACUAUCAAAUGUUCUGAUAGAGUACCUUCUGGGCAAUAUCCUAUGCCACGAUGUAUAUCAAAUGUGAUUUCUAGUUAUAAUGAUCAACUUUAUAAUGUUGACGAAUUAUCAAAUCAUCGUUCAUUCAGAAGAACUAGCCAUUUCGCUACUUUCUUUGCCCAUUAUAUUACAUUCGAUCUUGUUGCUUCAAAAACCACAAAUCCAACUUUUCCUAUGUUCUUACCAGCUGAUGAUCCUCUCUAUAAUCCAAAUCCAAAUACCACUAUAUCUCCAUACCAACUUAGUGUACCUUUUUUACCUGUUAAUCGGUCUGAUGGUAAUAAUAACACUAAUCCAAAUCGAAAUCCUCUUCUUAGUGGAAUAAAUAAUGUCACCCCCUUUUUCGAUCUUAAUAAUAUUUAUGGUAUCAGUGAUCAAGACGCGAUGAACAGGCUUCGUGAUAUCUCAACAAAUAGAGGAAAAUUAAAGACGUCUAUUGUCAAGGGAGAACAAUUUCCUCCAAAAAAUUCUGAUGGUUCCUAUAUUUGGGGUUCGACUUCGGAACGUUCAUAUA